CGGGGCAAUUUGAACACAUCAUUUGAACUUGUCCUACACGAACACGCGCUAUACGUGUACAGAUGAGAGGAACGCAAAACACCCGUACCGUCGACGAGCAGUACAAUCAAACCAAGAAAUGGUCUCGCAGGAGUUCGCAUCGCUUGCCAUCUCAAGGCGAGAAAGAUGAAAAGCCAAUGACGAGAGCAAUGAAGAGAGCGAGUUUGUCUGAGGACGGACGACCGUUCGCGAAGAGAGCAGCUCUCGGAAAUAUCACAAACGUUCAAACAGAACAAGGACAUCUUUCAUUGAAACUGGAUAAACAACCUUACACAAGGCACUCUAUAGGGAAUAGCAAUGGCGAACUCGAAAAAAGUCAACCAGACGAAUCUAAAUCAAGAGUUAAAUCACUGGAUGAUAUAAAGUUUAUGUCACUUUUCCUGCCUCCUAUAUGUAUGAAGACUGCAGUGGGUGGACAGUCGAGUGACAAAUGCAGUGAGAGACACGAUGCCGACACCAAACAAGAAGACACCACACAGACACUUGAACUGUCAGACUCAAAGAUUGAGAAGGCAACAGCAUGUCAACGCAAAGACAUCGAUGCAAGAAGCGAUCCUCUCUAUUCAACCGAAUAUGCGCAAGACAUCUACCAUCACAUGAGACAGAAAGAGAUGGCCCAGUCUAUAACAUCUUACAUGGACAAGCAACGCGACAUCUCUCCCAACCUUAGAAUGGUGCUGGUCGACUGGAUGGUUGAGGUUCAGGAGAGUUUUGAGCUCUUUCAUGAGACUCUCUAUCUUUCUGUUAAAUAUAUUGAUAGAUAUCUGUCUGUCAAGAAUGUUAAUCGUGGCCAACUACAGCUUGUAGGAACAGCUGCAAUAAUGAUUGCAUCAAAGUUUGAAGAAACUAGUCAGCCUCUAGUCGAAGACUUCCUGUACGUAUGUGACGAUGCCUAUACUAGAGAACAAUUAUUAGCAACAGAAGUCGACAUGCUGCAAGCUUUGCAUUAUGAUCUCAAUACUCCGAUUGCUUAUCAUUUUCUCAGAAGAUUUGCAAGGGCUGCUGAAGUCAACAUGGAAAUACAUUGUCUCGCUCGUUAUUUCUGUGAGCUCACACUCCAAGAGUAUGCAUUCGUUGAACAUAAAGCAUCAUUACUGGCAGCGAGUGCGCUGGGACUUGCACUCAAAAUGAAGAAGGCGGGCAGCUGGACUUCAACAUUGGAAUUCUACACUCAAUACACCGAGAAGGACCUCUUGCCUUGCAUGCAACAGCUCAAUGCCCUGAUUGGCGAGAAACCGAAAGAGAACGUCUCGACUGUCAGAAAUAAAUAUGCUCACAUUGUUUUCUUCGAGUCGAGUAAGGUGCCACCUCUCGGUAUGGAAGAGAUUGCCAGUUGUGGGCAAUGAGAUGUGUUGGGAGAGGGCUGAAAUUUGUUUACAGUAACUUCGUAUUUUAUUGUUCUUUAUGAUUGAGUAAGAUAGCCGUCUGUAUAGAGACACACACUGAUUUGUAGAGAGCAUUUGAAACUCGACAUCCGGUUGUGUUGUCGUUUCUACAAUUAAAUAGAUUCAAAUACUGUAC